GAGACGUUUAAAGAGAGCGAUAGCUGAAGAACAGUGUGUCCCACGGAUUGGUUGCGUCAUGAGGAGCUCGAUCGGUUUGCGAUCUGCUUUUGGAACACUGAGGAGAGGUCAUCAUUCCGUCGGAAUAAUUGGUGCGCCUUUUUCCAAAGGACAGCCGAGGGAUGGAGUGGAGAGAGGACCGGACCUUAUUCGCGCCGCCGGAUUGGUUGAGAAGCUUAAAGGGCAAGGUUGUAUAGUGAAGGACUAUGGGAAUUUGAUAUUUGAGGAGGUGCCUAAUGAUGAACCUAUUGGAAGAGUUAAGAGGCCACGGACAGUGGGCCGUGCUAAUGAGCAGCUUGCCAGCGCCGUCGAGAGAGUAAAAAAUGAUGGACAUACCUGUGUAAUGUUAGGAGGAGAUCACAGUUUGGCGAUUGGCUCGAUCCAAGGCCAUGCCUCCUCACGAAAUGAGCUGAGUGUUGUAUGGGUGGAUGCCCAUGCAGACAUUAACACCCCUUUAACCAGCCCCACCGGGAAUAUCCAUGGCCAACCGAUGUCUUACCUAAUCCAUGAACUGCACUCCAAGAUCCCUGUAAUGCCAAAUUUCUCAUGGAUAAAACCUUGCAUCGCAGCGAAAGACAUCGUCUAUAUUGGCUUGAGAGACGUUGACCCAGAGGAACAUUACAUUCUAAAGCGCUUGGGUAUAAAAGUCUUUUCGAUGACAGAAGUGGAUCGCCUUGGAAUAGCUAAAGUCAUGGAGCAGACGUGUGAUCACAUCUUUUCAAAGGUGAAAAAGCCAAUCCAUCUAAGUUAUGACAUUGAUGCCCUGGACCCAUCUAUAACACCCGCUACAGGGACACCAGUGGUGGGAGGUCUAAGCUACAGGGAGGGCAUUUACAUCACAGAGUACAUCUGUCAAACAGGUCUGCUCUCAGCAGUGGAUAUGGUUGAGGUGAAUCCAAAGCGUGGGAAGACAGAGGAAGAGAUUAAAUCCACGGUCAACACAGCAGUGGAUUUGCUUCUUGGCUGCUUUGGACGUGUCCGUGAGGGAUCUCAUUCACCAGAUUACAAAAUGCCAGAACCCUGAGCAGAAAACAGAGCUAUUUCUGUUGGAAAAUGUACACUUGUUCUCUAAAUUCAAAUUUUAUUACUGAAUUUUUAUUUGCAUAUAGCAUUUCAUACUUUGGCCAUAUGGGUUAUAUGAUUGUGAACACUUAGACAUUGUUUUAUUUUCAAUAAAUAUAACUUUACUUUCUUUUUACCUGUGAUUAAUGUA